CUUAUUAGUAUAGGUAUACAUCACAAGAUACUGAGUUGUACAGGUGACUGGCGCGCGGCACGGGUGUCGCUAUGUUAUCUAAUGAAUCAUCAUGGUAAACACCUAUUCAUUAGCGAUGGCCAAGCGUAAUAUUAACUAUUUACAAUUCUUUUAUCAAAAUGUGCGGGGCUUACGCACUAAAACCAAUAUUUUUUAUGAGAACAUUUUAUCAUCAGAAAGCGACAUUUUAAUGUUUACUGAGACAUGGCUACAUGAUGGCAUCUCGGACUCAGAGCUAUGUAAUGACGUUUAUGAUUUAUUUAUUAGACGUGAUCGCGGCUCGUUGGGCGGUGGGGUUAUGAUUGCCUGUGCUUCGCGGCUACAAGCGCGCGCGCGCACCGAGUGGGACCGUCCUGAUCUCGAAUGCAUCUGGAUAACUGUUCCAGCUCGAGUGCUUGGCGUGAGUCGCAAUUUGCACGUCGCAACUGUUUACCUGCCGCCUGACCGCGCGCUCCCGGUACGUAUUGAAUUGCUAUCGCAGAUAAUCACUGAGGUUAUCGACCAGAACCCAAAUGAUUAUUUACUUAUAUCGGGCGAUUUUAACUUGCCGGGUGUUGAAUGGACAAGUGGACACCCAGUGCUGCUGAAGAGGGGUGCUGUUGAGAUACAGAACUCCGCAUCUCACCUUAUUAACACAACGCGGUGUUGCGGUUUGAAUCAAUAUAACUUUUUAACUAAUUCUCAUAAUCAUACACUUGACUUAAUAUUUGCAAAUUUUUCUAACACCACUAUGAGAUCAAGCUGUCCUUUAGUACCCGAAGACACGUUUCACCCUGCAAUUGUAGUUCAAGCUGUAGAUAUUUUAAUUCCUCCUUUGAAAUUGAAGUCAUUUCAAAAGCAUUUUUUUGGCAGAGGUAAUUAUGAACGUAUUAAUAGCGAGUUGCUUGAGUAUGAUUGGGGAUUGGUUUGUGAUAGUGGCUCUGGACUUGACCGCGUGAUAGAAAUGUUCUACUCUGUGAUUAACUCAGUUAUUGAUAAAUAUGUUCCAAAAAGUACAGUCGGCGGUGCUUACAGUUACCCUGUCUGGUACAGUCGGGCAUUGAUAAAUGUAAUUAAGGAAAAGUCUAAGGCUCACCGCUUAUGGAAGAAAUACUCGAAUCCCCAUGAUUACGCGACUUUUGCGCUUUUAAGAGAUCGACAAAAAAAGAUGCAAAAGGAGUGUCAUAAAAGUUUUAUAAAUAGAUCACAGGAGAACAUAAAAAACUCACCCAAACAAUUCUGGGCAUAUGUUAAAGCUAGGAAAAAGAAUAAAAAUAGUUAUCCGAAAUACAUGACAUAUGAUACGAACCUAUUAACUAGUGAGACCGAAAUAUGUAACUGCUUUUAAUGAUUAUUUUUACAAAAAUUUCAGCUGUAAGCGUGGGACCUAUACCCCCUUCUCGCCUGAUAAUGAAACAUCUGGUGACACAUUACAUAAUCUAACUAUUGACAGCGCGAUUAUUCUGAAACUGUUGCAGAACUUGGAUACCUUAAAGGGUUCAGGAAGUGACUGCAUACCACCUCUUUUCUUCGUUAAAUGCGCUCAAUCCCUAUUCUUACCAAUCACAUAUAUUUUCAACAGGUGUUUCAGUGAGGGAUACUGUCCAUCUGUAUGGAAAACGGCCCAUAUUGUGC